CCAUGCCAUCAUCAAUCGCCAAAACCAUGUAGUGGCAUACGCACUCAGCAUCGGAGCCACAAUCCUGGGUGAGGCGCUUGCCCUUGCGGUUGAGGAUGGACAGGAGCAAGUCGUGGAAUGGCUUCUGUCUGUCAAGUUUGCUGAUUUCUCCCCACAGUAUGAAUUCUAUGGCCAAUUCACCAAUUGGACCUCUCAGGAGCGCAUUGCUUCCAAGUGCACAGCAGCCAGCUCGCGAUGUAUUGAGCAACUCAAAGCUCGUCAGCAGUGGCAACGUCAUGGCGCGUUUGAUAAUCGGUCACCUCUUUCACGGGCAGCUAGAGGAGGUCACUUGAGAAUCGUGAAUCUUUUGAUUGAAUUUAAUGUUGGCUAUCCGUCCGUCGAAGACUUGGAUGGGAAGACUCCUCUCUUCCUGGCUGUAGAAAGGGGGUUUCUGG